AAGUGAAGCAGCAAAAGUUUUUUUUUUUUGUUAAAUUAAACAUUUGAAUUUAUAAACUUUAGAGACUCAAGACCUUGAAGUCCAAGAGUCUUCUUGGAAAGAAGUGAAGAGGCUGCUCCAUGGUAACCAUGGUCACGGCUUGAUGCAGGAGGAUCCUACUGCUCUUCUCUUCACGAAAUCUCAACUCAGAUUUCAAUCAUUUCUGAAAACAGCAGUUGGAAAAGGAAAAGCAUCUUUCUUGUAUGCCGUCACGGUUUUUGCAAAUAAAAGUUUCAAAGCCCUUUCUGUCUGCACUCGGUGCUUUAGUUUCGUAUCAAACAUGGCAGUUAACUGCCUGAUUCUUCAGACAGGGAGGGGACAGCACUAUCAGUGGCAUGCACAUGCUCGUGAGUUGGUGUUGCUGCACAUAUGCUCCUGCUGCUUUGGAGCGGUAGAACACUCAUUUCUCUGCAGGAUGUUUGCUUCCCUCUUGGUUGUCGUUCUGGGGUUGCGUUGCGGUGGUGGCAGUGACAGUGGUGCGUCGGGUGAGUUACUGCUGGGGAGUCCAAAGCUUUCUGGUCCAUCAGAAGCUCUGGUCACAGAUAUUGUGAACUUUUUUUGUGAAUUACCAAAUCACCCCCAAAAUGAGUCCAUCGAGCUGCGCUUAUUAAAGAAGGGGGACCGCCCCAAGCAUCUGGGGGAGUACACCUCUCUGAGAGGGGAGGUUGGUCCCAUUCCAAAAAGGAUCCAAUUAUCCCAUGAAGGUUACCUGGUGUGUGUGGCCAGCGUGCAGAACAACUCUGCCAUUAAUUCGACGGUCAGCCAAACGCACUACCUGAAGGUCAUUGAGCCAGUAAAGGGCGCACAGAUCAUCCCCUCAGGUCCUGUGGAGCUUUUUGAAGGCGGUGAAGUGGAGCUGCAGUGCAAGCUCAGUGCUGGUAAUCAUGUGUCCUUCAUGUGGUUACGUGAUGGACAGAUCAUCAAUCCGUCCCUCAUCCGUGCUGAUGACAGCUUUGUAAUCAGUCGAGCGACCUCCAAGGACAGCGGUUCCUACAUCUGUGUAGCUACCAACACCUUUAAUGGCACAAAUGUCUUCAACGCCAGCAGCCCUGAGCUCCUUGUCACAGUGAAAGCACGGGUGUCAAACCCAGACAUCUCUUUCACAGUGUUUAAGGAGAGUUACCAAAGUUAUUUCUGCGUCGUCUCGUGCCAGUCAACCAGAGGAACUCCACCAAUCAGGUUUUCACUCUUCAACGGCACGGAUCUAGUCAGCAAUGUCACUGUUCAGGAGAGACGCGCUACAUUUAAGAUUCCUGUGGUCCUGGACCAGCAUUUGGGAUUGUUCCAGUGCCAAGCAAGCAACAGCAACCGGACUGCCAGCAGUCGCUGGAUUCCAUUAGAAAUCGUCCCGGUUGGUGGGCCUGUAACCAUGCACUUGGAGUACGACAUGGCAGAAAACUAUGAAGUCAUCUACUUGAGGCUCUACUGCAAACCAGAAAGAGGCUCUCAUCCAAGCUUCCAGUGGUACCUCAACAAGAACCCCCUUCAUGACCAAGGCAGCUUCUACUAUGUGUUCAACCAGCUGCCAGGACAGUCCAUCCUGCUGGUCUCUGUGGGGGAGGUCAGUGCAGGGAGAUACCACUGUGAAGUUUCUGACAGCUUUGAUAACAGCACUGUCAUCAACAGCAAGAGGUGCUAUUUGGAUAGAAAAGUGCUGAACCACAUUCCAGCAUUAGUGGUUGGAGUUGUGUUUGGGUGUUUUUCCGUCAUCGUCCUCCUCGUGUCUGCCUGCUGUGCAGCAGGCGUGAUCUUCAGACGGAGGAGGUACGUAGAAGCUACUCUACUUACCUUGGAGAAGGACCAAUGGGAGACUGCCUGUGAGGAUGAGCUGGAACUGUCAAUGUACGGUGAAGAUGUGGUGACUGGUGAAGAGGCAGAGUUUGAUCAUGCAUCAGAAGAUUCUGUGGAUGAUUGGAUUCAGUACAAGAAGAUCCUCGAGGAGGUUUAAGAGGACAUUUCCGCUCAGCUGUGUGUGAUAGAACGUGCAUUGAUGCUGAUAAUUUUUUUCUUGUCUUUUUACCAUAAAUAUUUUGAAUAUAUUUGUACAAAAAUGCUGUGAGAAGCAUUCUCACCUGUGAGUUUGUAAAACUGACUUCAGUCACCUGUUAAAUCCAGACUAAAGUGUAAAAAAUAAGAAAAAGCUGAGGCAAAGCUUCCUGAAUUGAUAUCUGAACACUAUCACUAGUUUGUUUUAGAAGUAAUACUUAAGUGUUUUUAUUUUUUAUACACUUAAUUGCCUAAACAAGUGAAACUUUUGAGAUUCAUUUAUUUUGCUGGAACUGUGAUGAGUAACAGACAGCAGGAGCCAUGAACAUAACCAUAAAGCCCCAACCUAUAAUGGACCAGAAAACUAUUUUAUUAAACCUCAGUUUCUGGAAUCACA